AUGGACUUCGCUGACCAAGUGGAGACUGGUCAACACAGAAUCUCCCAAACACCCUUGUUGACGAGGCAUACCUCUGGUCUUCCCAACGCGCUGUACAUACUUUCUUUCGCUCCCCCUUGUCCUUCCCUUUUCAGAGACCCCAGAGGAUUCAUCCAUCACCCUUUCGUCUUAUAUGGAAUUGGUACGAUUUGCGCCCUCAUCGCGGGGGUGAGUCUGCCGGCGUUUGAUAUCGUGACUGGUUAUUGGACCAACGGAAUUAACAGUUCUGACACAUCAUUAAUCACAUCUCGAGGAAGUGAAACGGGUUGGAUCAUGACUAUAGUGGGAGUCGUUACAUUGAUUUCAUUUGCCACUUUUAUUACUUGCUUUCCCAUGGCAGGAAUUAAACUUUCGAACUUGUUGAGGGAAGAAUACCUCGCCGCAGCUAUUGUGCAAGAUCAGGCAUUCUACGACCGUAUCGGACCAGGAGAGGUCAUCACACGGGCCAGCAAAGAUAUCGACGGUAUCCGUACUGGAUUGGGAGAACGAUUGGGAUAUUUGACAUGGGCUAUCAGCACCAUCAUAACAGCUCUUGUCUCUGCGUUUGCACAUGCUCCGCGCAUGGCAGCAGUCCUUCUUGUCAUGAUCCCUCUCACCUUAGCAAUCUUUCUCUUCGCCGGAUAUCGCCUUGACAAGGUGACUGCAACGCGUGACGAGAUCGAUGGCAGGGCAGCGACGUUAAUUGAACAGGGGCUAUCAUCCGUACGAAUCAUCCAAUCUUUCAAUCUCGGGCCUCAACUUCUUUCAAAGAUGGAACAUGAUAUGUUCAAACCUCUCCGAUCCUUCGCCCUGAAAAUAACCGCUCUGAAAGGUUUGCAAUUGGGCGUUGCGUACGGCCUGGGGUUCCUGGUCUAUUCUUUGGGAAUAUGGUAUGGGAGUAUUUCAUUGACUCACGGUAGUGUGACCGUGGGAGAUGUCAUUACUACAAUAUAUAAUUACACAAAUCUAUUCUUUGCGUUCAGUGCCAUUGUACCUCAUCUUGUAGCGACCACUUCAGCUAUUCAUAGUAUCGGCAAACUCCGUACACAAAUCGAGCGUGUACCUCCCAUCGAUGUCCGAGACUCGUCUGGUAUCUGUUUCGAACAUCUCGCUGGCUGGGAGCCAUCCUUAGAUCUCGAUCAUGUCACAUUCGCGUACCCAGCACGCCCUACAAAAAAGGCCCUCGAUGACGUAACACUGUCCAUUCAGCCUGGUCAGUUCACCGCUUUUGUUGGACCCAGUGGGAGUGGGAAAAGUACCUUGGCGGCUCUUGUGCUAAGGAUGUACGAUCCCAUCACUGCUACCGAUAUAUCAGCACAAGACCGGGCCAUACUAGACCAAGUUGAGAAGACAGAAGAAGACGCACCAAAUAUCAUACCUGGCAGCGGAGUCGUGCGGUUUGCUGGUCAUGAUGUACGAGACCUCAACAUUACAUCCCUUCGCAGACAAAUCGCAGUGGUCCAACAGAAUCCUCAACUCGUUAGUGGCACUGUAUUUGACAAUGUCGCUAUCGGCCUCACUGGCACUGAUCUCGAUUAUCGGGGAGAUCUCGAUGACAAAUCCUCUGAAAGUCAAUCUCGCCUGAAAACGAUGCAUAAGCGUGUAGAGGAAGCUCUACGCAAAGCACAAGCCUGGGACUUUGUCUGUGAGCUACCAGACGGAGUCAAUACCGUCGUUUCGGCUGGUCGUACGGGAGUGCUGUCUGGCGGUCAAGUUCAACGCGUCGCCAUCGCUCGAGCCCUCAUCCGAAAUCCUCGGUGUCUUUUACUUGACGAAGCCACUUCGGCUGUCUCCGCAGACACUGAGAUCGAGAUACAAAAGGCUCUUCUCGCCGAGCAGGAGGACCGGGGAAUGACAUUGAUCGCCAUCGCGCAUCGAUUAUCAACUGUCGUAUCUGCCGACAAGAUCAUCGUCAUGUCUGCUGGUCGCGUCGUGCAAAGUGGGACUUACGAUGAUCUGUUAGAUCCGAGCUGUCCCGAUCAGACCUUCCGCUCCUUGGCCUUUCCGCAAGCAGUCGGCUCGGAUUCUCGCAAGAUUAUACCUUCAUCAACUAUUCACCCCAGUACUACAGCUGAUAUGGCUAAGGCAGCCACUUGUCAGCGAUCCGACAUCGGUAUCAGACCACUUCCUCCAGCAGCUCAGUCGGCGCAAACAGCAUUUCUCAGCGUCAAGUAUGUCUUCAGUUCGGCCAUCAUCCUGGGCGUGGUGGGUGGUUCCAUCUUCGUGGUGUCAGCGUGGUUAACAGGCCGUGCUAUCGUUGCGCUAAGCAUACCCGACUUUGCGUUGAUGCGGACCGCUGCGAACCGCUGGGCUCUGGGGUUCCUCAUCACUGCACUGGCUGGUUUCGUCAUCGUGGGCCUUCACGGGUUUGGCCUAGAGUACUGCGGCAACAAAAUCACAUCCGAACUCCGUCGAGAAUCUUUCCGGGCUUUGAUCAGACAGGAGAUUGGCUUCUUCGAGCAGAAAGACUCGGGAAGCGGCACAUUGACUGCCGCCAUCAGUCAACAUCCCGGAAACAUUGAAACUUUUAUUGGUCUCAUCCUCGCUCAAAUCAUCAGUAGUUCGUCCAACCUGAUCGCUACGCUAAUCAUGUCUUUUGUCCUCAAUUGGCGACUGGCAGUAAUGGCUCUACCAGCUCUUGCUGCCACAACAGGAUUUGGCUAUGUGAAUUACAAGUGUCAGGAAGCGUUUGAGGCCGGUCUUACGGGGAAUAUGGAUCAACAAUCAGAAUUCAUCAGCGAGGCAGUAAACACACUAUCCGUCACUUGCGCACUUUCCCGGGAAGCCGAAGUCAUACGCCAAUUUAGGGCAAAGUUCAUUUCAAAGCCUGUAAGCAACAAUUGGUUGCUCCGCUCUGCCGUGACAUUGGGCAUGUGUCAAGCUGUGAUGCACUUCUUCGCUGGUCUGCUCUUUUGGUGGGGCGCACAGCAGGUGGCAAAGGGCACUGUUCAACGAGCCGAUGUCUUCUCUGUCCUCGAGUCAGUGGUAAUCGCGGUGUAUAUUUCUGCGAGAAUCUUCACUUACACAGGAGAUUUCUCGCGUAUGAAGAACUCGCUCCAGAUCAUCAAUUCAUGGAUCACUCGAGAACCUCAAAUGAGCUAUCAUUCCAAGACCACCGAACACCCUGAAGCUAAAGCACUCCAAGGGAUUGAGUUUCGACCCAAAGUACUUGCACUUGCGGGUGUCAGUUUGCGAAUGGAUUCAAAUAAAGCCUAUGCUUUUUGUGGGACAAGUGGAGCGGGGAAAAGCAGUAUACUUGCCAUCUUGCAGCGUUUCUACGACAUCACCGCUGGUCGCGUUCUAAUCGAUGGGCAAGAUAUACGCGAAAUGCAGAUCGAUCAUCUUCGUGGUCAAAUGGGAUAUGUCAGUCAAGAGCCAAUCCUGUAUAGCAUGUCAAUAAGAUGGAAUCUUUGCUCAGGUUCACUUAACCCAGAAGAAGUAACAAAUGAUCAACUUGAGCUUGCCUGUCGUCAGGCAUGUGGUGGCCAGAAACAGAGACUAUGCAUUGCUCGAGCCCUUAUUCGUAAACCGAGAAUCCUUUUGCUCGACGAGGCUACGAGCGCACUAGAUGGCGAUAGUGAAGCGCAAGUACAGGAAGCUCUGGAUAAUGCUUCGAGAGGACGAAUCACAAUUCAUAUUGCUCAUCGCUUGUCUACCAUCCGGAAAGCGGAUUGCAUUUUUGUUAUGGAGCUAGGGCUGAUCGUGGAGUCUGGUAACCACGAGGAACUGGUCGCUAUGAAAGGAAGAUACCACGAGUUGGUGGAAACACAGCUCUGA